UCAAAUGGAGGUAAACAAAUCUUCAUUUAUAAUUGAACACGAUGGAAUGCUAAUAAAGAAUAGCUUAUUUACCAACGUGAAGUCAUUAUUAACAAUUAACUACAUGUAUAUAAAUAUUUGAAUAUUUGAUUUUCGGUACAUAAUUUCAUAAUGGAUCAUAGGACCAUGUUAAAGGUUUGCUUGAUAUUGGUGAUACAUCAGCGGAGUUGGAGAGUGGAUGGUUCUACUUCUGGACAGUUGGAAGUAAUUCAACCCGCCAUUGCAGGGAGAAGAGUUAAUUUAAUGUUCACACCGACAGUUUAUCACCGAGAUAAACAAGUGGCCCUUGAAUAUAGUGUAUUUGGUUUAUGGUUUGAUGGACCCCCGCUAUAUAGUAAACAGUAUGAGGCAGAGGAAGGUCGUUUUUACCUGACCACUAAUAAACUCGCUAAAGAUUGGAACAACCUUGCCUUGCGGGCAAUUUACGACGGAGAACAAUCUUCUGAAACAGUUCUCUUCGUCAAAGACCUAACUGAUACGUGUGGUUACGCCUAUUUACGUUCCAAAUUGCCAAUACUGGCCGGGAACACAGUAGAGUUGGGUUAUUUUCCCGCCCCUGACGUCAUUGACAGGUCCGACAUUUAUGUACGUGAGUGGUACAAAAGCACGUCUAGUUCCAGUUCAGUGUUACACGUCGAUACUGACACAAAACUGAUCGAACGAGAAGAACCAAACUACGAGUUUGUCCUCGAAAUUCACAACUUUGACCAGGGAAUGAACGGGCUUUAUCACGUUAAAUGUAUAAAUGACAAACACACGAACAGAGUUCAACUAACUGUCACAGUACCCCCAACAAAGCCUGCCAUUGGACCUGUUGCAACUGUACAGGACGAAGGCAUGUACAUCAUUGCUAAGCGGGGCCGCACUAUCCCCGUGUAUUGUAACGCGACUGGAACUGACAUGACUGUGAAGGUUUUGUUUAAUAAACGAACAUGCAGAACAGUGGAAUCAGGAACAGGAAUGUUUUCAGCAACUGACUGCAAGGCUUAUGACGUGGAUCACUUGACAAGCGUAAGAUGUUCUGUGCGGAAUGCAGCGGUGAAACAGCCGUUAUUUAGUGAAGAAUAUAAAUUAUACGUUGUUGAUCAAGCAAGUGCUGUCGAAAUCGACCAUAUACAAGAUUUACGCGAAGGCUCACCUGUCAACAUAACUUGCAAGGUGACUGGAGGAAGGCCGCCUCCAGAGAUUUCAUUCACGGUCGACAACAUCACUAUAGACCAAGGUCUAACACAUUCACAUGAUGGUCGUACCUAUCAGGCGACGCUGCCUUUUGUAAAAAGAGAAUGGAAUGACAAAAACUUAGAAUGUCAAUAUAACAAUUCUUACUUCACCGGCAGAUCACCACAACGUUGGCUUAAUAUCUCUUAUCCUCCUUCGCAUAUACAUAUAGAAGGAAUCUUCAGUCGUCCGGGGAAUACAGUGUACAAAUGCACACUGAUCGAUUCUAACCCAGUGUGUAACAUCAAAUGGACAGCAGACGGAAACACAUUUUCUUUCGAUGAAACAGAAAACAAAGUUGAUGGCCUUACACGGGAAAGUUGGAUUGAACUCAAUGCUUCCCGGCAUAUGUACCCAGGCACCGUGCAAUGUACACCUCAGUGCCAAUACUUUGAGUCGAAACUUAACACGUCCCAACAAAUACCAUUUAUACCUAACAUCACGUUCAACGUGGCAAGCAAUCAGAAAAUUACCCAACAUAGCCCCAAGGUGGUUAUAUGUUACGCCGAAAGCUUACCCGUAUCGAAUAUAAAACUGAUCUACAUGCGAAACGGUGAAGAGAAAAAUGUAAGUUGUUUAAAGGAGGUCAAAUGCUCAAUCAAGAUUGAAGAGCUGAACAUCCUCCCAGGGGGGAGAAUGAAAAUUGAGUGUUUUGCAACUUACACUAACCGACAUGUAGCAGAGAGCUUGACAGGGCAAGUCACUGUAUACAGAGAUGACGUAGAUGCUCAUAUCAAUAUUACAGACCAGAAUCGAUCUUCACUGAAAAUAAUUUAUCGCAUUGUUCUUGCUGUGUUGAUAUCUGUUGCUGUUUUUGCAUUAUUAAUUGGACUUUUUAUGUGGUAUCGACAGUAUAAACAACAGAAGCAGAACUCAGACCGAGAAAGCUGUCUACAAGCAAACGCACACGAAGACAUUGCAGUUGAAUUUGCAAAUGACGAAAUCAUGUAUACCCAGGUGAACAAAAUUAGAGCAAGUCCAGAAGAUUACAAGAUGGAGAAUCAAUUGGUGUAUAUAGAACUGGACAAGGACGCGCUCGAAGCUUCAAUUGGAAAGAAUACUAAGAAAGUUGGCGACGCUGACCAACAAAUUGAAUACGUAGAUAUAGACUUCACUCAGAGAUGCCAAGAGGAAAACCAAGAAGAGGUCCUUUACGCAAAUCAGUAUGGAGGACACAUGUGAAUUGAAACACAAAUGGCUAAUGACUUAUUUAUUAUUUAGGAUUGUCCCUGUUAUUUCUAUUGUACAAUUAUGUUUGCAUUGAACCCUUUGCCUCGAAACAAGAGACUACUGUGCUUGUAGUUUACAUUUUGAUAUGUAGUAAAACAUGUUUCAAUAACUACACCAGCAUGAGUCAUAAUUAAUCCGGGGUAUUAAACAAGUCCUCGUUUACUUUGAUGUAUACCUUUAUUUACAUUAGGCCAUAGUAUUGUUUCGUUUCCACUAACAUCCCAAAAACAAUAGUGUUAAAAGGUAGCCAUUACAUUUUUUUUUCUAUUUUCUUCGAGAACCGGGUUUCUCUACAAAGUCCCAGGACCUAUAACAGACAUAUCACUAUUGUAGAAAGUUUUAAAUUAAAAACGGUCAAACUUUGACAUGUGCAUUUAAAUAAAUUUGUUGAUUUAGGAAAUUACAUAUAAAAUCCACAUCUCGAUCAAAUAUAAAAACAGAGUGUCGGGUUGGGAUGGAAAUAGGGUAGGUCGGGUUAGUGGGCACGUAACUUUUUCACGCUUUCUGAUAGACAUAGACAGUUAUUUUUGAAACUCUUCGCUAAUGAAUUUCAUUAAGAAUGAACUACUAUUGCAUCAUCAGUUUUAUUAUAUAUUAUCGGUUCGCAGCAAUUUCAAUAAUUGCUUGUGGAAAAUAAAAAAAGAGUGAACCAUAAUACAAUGUGUUUUAAUUACGUAUUUUAGUCACACUAAGGACGAUAAAAUGGCAUAAAUACAUUUGUACUGAUUAAAAUAUAUGUCACUGUAGCAUUGUAAUUUUAAGAAUAAGUAAAUAAUUUGAGAAAUUAUUUUAGAGUUAUUGUUAGAAUAUUGUUAAUGUUCUACUACUGAGUCUGUUACUGUAAAUUUAGGUCACUGAAGGUCUAAAUGGUUUGCUUAUCUUUUGGCUGAUAGUAGAUAUAAUGCGGUCUUCUAGUUCUUAUUCACAUACUAGGCGUAUAGGAUAUGUAAAAAUGUCGCGGAGGAUCUUAUUAUGUAUGCAUAAUAUGUAUUGAUUAAAUAUGGACGAACA